AAUCCUAUAACACUCUCAUUCUCAUCAUAUCAUUCUUCAAUCUAUAUAACCCAUUCUUAAUUAUACUCAACACACAUUAUAUUUUUCUGAUCAUAUCAUUCUUUCAGUCCAUCUAUAUAACCAAUUCUUGAUUUAUACUUAAAACACACAUUAUACAUCUUUCUCAUCAUAGUUUGUAUCAAUUUCCUAGAGUAAACUACCUAAAGGAAAAAAAAAAUCUAUUUUGGGAAUCAUAUACUAAAAAUGGAAGGAAGAGAUAUGUUAAGUUGGGAGCAAAAGACAUUGCUAAGCGAGCUUAUCAAUGGAUUUGAUGCGGCCAAAAAGCUUCAGGCACGACUUAGAGAAGCUCCGUCGCCGUCGUCAUCAUUUUCAUCACCGGCGACGGCUGUUGCUGAGACUAACGAGAUUCUGGUGAAGCAGAUAGUUUCUUCCUACGAGAGAUCUCUUCUUCUGCUAAACUGGUCAUCCUCACCGAGCGUACAACUUAUUCCGACGCCGGUUACUGUAGUCCCGGUGGCAAAUCCCGGCAGUGUUCCAGAAUCUCCGGCAUCGAUAAACGGAAGUCCGAGAAGUGAAGAGUUUGCCGAUGGAGGAGGUUCUAGCGAGAGUCAUCAUCGCCAAGAUUACAUUUUCAAUUCAAAGAAAAGAAAGAUGUUACCAAAGUGGUCAGAAAAAGUGAGAAUAAGCCCAGAGAGAGGCUUAGAAGGACCUCAAGAUGAUGUCUUUAGCUGGAGAAAAUAUGGUCAAAAAGACAUUUUAGGCGCCAAAUUCCCAAGGAGUUAUUACAGAUGCACACAUCGUAGCACACAAAACUGUUGGGCAACGAAACAAGUCCAGAGAUCAGACGGGGAUGCUACGGUUUUCGAAGUGACGUACAGAGGAACACACACUUGUUCGCAGGCGAUCACAAGAACACCACCAUUAGCCUCGCCGGAGAAGCGACAAGACACCAGAGUCAAACCAGCCAUUACCCAAAAGCCAAAGGAUAUUCUCGAGAGUCUUAAAUCCAACUUAACCGUUCGAACCGAUGGGCUUGAUGAUGGUAAAGACGUUUUCUCGUUCCCUGAUACGCCGCCGUUUUACAAUUACGGAACUAUCAACGGCGAGUUCGGCCACGUGGAGAGUUCUCCGAUCUUCGACGUUGUUGACUGGUUCAAUCCAACGGUCGAGAUUGACACAACUUUCCCCGCGUUUUUACACGAGUCGAUUUAUUAUUAAUUAAAAUUUGUAACAGAGAAAUAGAUAGUAACUAGUAAGUAAUGAUCAGCGAGAGUUAAAACAUAAAAGUACUUAGAGUAAUCUAACGAUGCAUAAUAAGGAAUGUUCAACAGGACUUGAACAUGAUUUCAAUACUAAGAGAGAUUUAUCUAGCUACUGGUAGUAGCCGCAGACUUCUUGUUGUAAGCUUCCACUUCCUUUUUGUAUGCUUCCAUCAGUUUUGCGGCCUUUCCGUUGUAAACUUGCUUCUCUUCUUCACUCAAUUCCUGCAAAGACGUAUUCGCACAGAUAGAUUA